GUCAGGCCAGCAGUAAAAACUCACGACAGCAACACAAAUCGACACUUAAAUUGACUGUUAAAAAUUCGUAGUAUUUCUAAAUUUCCAAAAGGGUCUCUUGCAGUGGAGGAGCCCGACUCCGGUCUGCUGCUAUUGCUAUGAAGCAUCAUGGCAGCCCGUCGCAGAGCCUCAAACGACGGUGCAAUGAUCAGAUCGAGGAGCACGGCGUGAUCAAGUCUUCGCCGCGUUUCAGUAAGCGCUUGAAGCCGAUACCGGAGCCAGCGACAGAGACAGAGCCAGAGCCAGAGAAAUGUAUGCUCUACAGCACAGAUGGUGACAAGUCCGCGUUGAUCUGCAACUUUGAGAAGCGUGGCUGGCUGCAGGUGCCGUCGAUCAAUGGGGAGUGGAACUUCUACUGGGCCUGCACCCAAACCUGUCGCUAUAUCUUCGGCAUCGAUCAGCCGUAUCGCAUGCGAUCGGAUCAAAUCAUAAACCACUUUCCCAACUCGAUGGAGCUGUCGCGAAAGGAUCUGCUCAUCAAGAACAUCAAGCGCUAUCGCAAGGAUCUGGAGCGCAAGGGCGAUCCAUUGGCCCAGACCUAUGCGCAGACCAUGAAGCUGGGCAUUGGGGGUACACGCUACAUGCAUUUGGAUAUCGUACCAAUGACCUUUGUCCUGCCCACCGAUUACAAUCUGUUUGUGGAAGAAUUCCACAAGAAUCCGGCCAGCACGUGGAUCGUCAAGCCCUGCAGCAAGUCGCAGGGCAAUGGAAUAUUUCUGAUCAACAAACUCUCCAAGCUGAAGAAGUACGCCUACGAGGCGCGCACCUUCUAUCCGCUGCUCAGCCGCAAUACCAGUGUCAUCUCGAGGUACAUAGACAAGCCGCUGCUCAUCGGUGGCAAGAAGUUCGAUCUGCGGCUGUUCGUGCUGGUGACCACGUUCAAUCCACUGAAGGCCUACCUCUACAGGGAGGGCUUCUGUCGCUUUUGUACGGAAAAGUACGACCACACAGACAUUGACAAUGUGUUCAUGCAUCUGACGAAUGUCAGCAUCCAGAAGACGAACCUAGUGUACAAUUCGACGCAUGGCGGCAAGUGGCCUGUCCAGAAUCUUUGGCUCUACUUGGACAGCCUGAGGGGCGGUGGCGUUUCGAAAACUCUCUGGCAACGCAUCUGCGAGACGAUCCGGCACUCCCUGGACGCAGUGGCCCCAGUGAUGUCCAACGAUCGGCACUGCUUUGAGGUCUAUGGCUAUGACAUCAUCAUCGACAACAAUCUGAAGCCGUGGCUCAUUGAGAUCAACACCUCGCCAUCGAUGCACGCGACCACGCCAAACGAUCGCAUGCUCAAGUCGCGGCUGAUAGACAAUGUCCUGGAUGUGGUAGUGCCACCCAGUGGCAUGCCCGACGAUCACUGGGACAAGUCGCCCGAUCCCAAUCUACUCGCCAAUUUCACUGUGCUGAUGCCCGUCGUAAGGAAGAAGGAGCCGCCAGCACCACUGCCAGUGGCAGCCCCGACCCAAGGUCAUGCGAAAAAGAAACGCAAAAUAAAGACAGCCAAGAAGAAGCGUGUCCAGCAAGAAACCCGUCCUCCCACAGACGAUGAGGAGCAGGAGCAGGAGGAGGAGGGACCAAUAAAGAGCAGCAAGUCGCCAGUGCGACGGCACACGACACCACCCUCGUAUGCCAAGACGAGGAUCAUUCAGCGAUGAAUCCAUCCAACAUAUGUAUGUGUGUAUAUUCGAUGUAUAACAGUUUGAUAAUUGUUCAUGGAAAUUUGUUAACUUUUAAUUCGCAAUUCGGUGCCGCAAUUUACAAAUUACUUACAAAGUACACAAAAUAAACAUCUAUGGUAUGCAAUCAGCUACUCCCCAUAAUGUAUACGC